AUGCCGCAGUUUGCAUUUAAUCCGAAUAGACUUAAGAUUCACCUUAAGCUAGCUGUUAACCGUCUUAAGCUUGUACAACAAAAGAAAAAUGUACUUAACAAACAAGCGCGAAAGGAUAUUGCUGCUUUACUUGAGAAUUCAAAAGAAGAAAGCGCAAAAAUACGUGUAUGUCAUUGUCAAUACAAAUUUAUUGACAAUGGAGAUGCUGGAACUUUAUUGCGAACUUCUUUUGGCAAGAUUUGGACUUUUGGAACAAAUGAAGUAUGUUUUAUGGUGUAUAUAUCUGUCGAUGCAUUAUUAAUGCUUUUUUGUGCUACUAGGCAUUGCGAUCCUUCUAUAAGUGAAGCAGUAAAUACUUUAAUCUAUGCGGCACCCAGAUCAGAAAUUAAGGAAUUAAGUUUAGUUCGUGAUCAAUUAAUUGCAAAAUUUGGAAAAGAAUUCGCAUUAAAUGCGAUCGAAAAUAAGAAUAAUUGUGUGAAUGAAAAG